AUGACCUCACGAGCUGCCCAACACGCAUGGUCCACAGCCUGGCAAACCGCACCGCCAUCUGCAUGUGCGACACUUCGCAAUAAUGCCGGAAUCGUAGACUGGGGAAAGACAUGCGUGUUUCCCGAAGAUGGUGGACCGACAAUAAACCCCGUGAACACUGCUUGUCUGCCAUGGGCCGCAUCGUCUACAAACGCUCAAGCAUUCUUCUCUCCCGCCACUGCAUGUCCAACCUCUUGGAGCGCAGUCGCCACACAGACCGUAGGGACGGACUGGAUAGACGGCGAGACAGCAUUGCAGUGCUGUCCCAUGGGCUUUGACGCAGAUGGAAGUAACUGUCGACCUGCGAGUACAGGGACAUUUCUCGUCGUGGAGUGUGGCGAGGCGGAUGCGGAGGAGAAUGAGUACAGGACGUAUUCCGGCGCUGCUUGGCCGGCAAGGGCGACGGUUAGCAUUGCAGCGCUGCAGUUGAGAUUUCAGGCGAGUGAUGUUGGGUCUGUGAGCGCCACCGCAACAGGAAGUUCGACGAGUGGGACAUCGAGCGUCCCGACUUCGACAGGAAAUUCUGGGACUGGACAGACAGAGGGAGGACUAUCCACUGGCAUCAAAAUUGCAAUCGGGGUCAUCGUUCCCGUCGUGUUCCUCAUCGGCGCGCUGGCGGCGUUCCUCCUAUGGCGGAGGAAGACACAGCACAAAGCCGCAGGUCUUCGAGCAGCGCGUCUCGCAGACGAGAAACACGAUUCACCGCCCCGUUCGCUCGACCUCGCGUCUACCCACCCUUAUUCGGCGUCCAAAACACUUCCAGGUCCAGUUGUUGAUCCUGGCAUCGCUGUAGCUGGUGUGAGAAACCAUGGAAUUCAGCACGAAACACCCGAAUGGAACCACGAGAUGGACGCUACAGAAGCCGAGCGCCAGAGAUUAAUCGCAGUGGAUCCUGCCCCAAGACAAUACGCUGCGUAUCAGCCACCACCUGGUGAAAUGGAUGCGGGGGGCAGUCAAACCGUCCCAAGUGAGUUGGGCGGCGUGGCGAGGGUGGCGAGGAAACCGAUUGCGCCUGUGGAGAUUGAUAGUCAGCCGUGGAGGGCGGAGUUGGAUGGCGGGAGGUGA